AUGGACUCAUCAAACCACAACCUAAACCAGAAUCAGAUACGUAGUGAUUCUCUCAAGCCAUCCUUCCAUGAGUUCCAUCACUUAGACUCAAAACCCAAAGCAGGGUUGCAUACAGGCUCUGGAACAACAAAAAGAAAGGAGUUGCAUGGCACAACCAGCAUUCGUGCAUUAUGUGGUACUUGGGGAGACAAAUUUGAUGGAGUCAAAUUUAAUGCCUAUAGAUUUGAUUUCACAUGCAAUAUUGUUAGUGAAAUUUACUCUGCAUUUGUUCUUCUGGUUGAGUCAAAGCUUGAUGAUGAUGUGGGGAAUAUGAAAUUAGAUCUUCAUUUGAUCUCAAAGACUGUGAAGGCUUCGGUCUCUGCAUGUGGACAAGUUGAUUUGGAUGCUGAACAGAUGAUUAGAGCAAAAUGCUUCCAUGAGCUUUUUUUCAAUGGUUUGUUUGGGAGAUUGAUUCUUAGGUCCAAAUCAGAAAGAGGGAAAUGGGAAUUUUUACUUCAGGAAGACACAGAAACAUUGUGGAGCCCUAAUAACUUGUAUUUGCUUCUACCACUUGAGAAAUUGAAUGAUAUAUCUAAAGGAUCUUUACAAAUAAACUGGAGUGGAAUCAAUUCUUGCACCUCUACUAUUGAAUAUUUAAGGAGGAAAUUUUUUUUGGUUGGUGGAGAUUGUAAUGAUAACAGCAAAAUCACAUCACCUUGUGAUACCAGAUCAUCAGAUGAGGAAUGUGAAGGCACAAACAAGAUUCACUUUGCGAAUUGUGUGCUUGAUGUUAAUAAUCUAAAAGAUAUGGUAGUUUUGGCCAUUCACACCGGGAGAAUAUAUUGUAUUAUUGAAGUAGCCAUCAACUUAUUCGCUGAUAGUCCUUUUGAUAAUAGAAGCAAUGGAAAGUCCGUGGAGGAUUGCAUAACCUUCUCGGAUUAUUACAACAAAAGGUAUGGGAUUACGCUGAGACAUCCUGGACAGCCUUUGUUGCUGUUGAAGCAGAAUCAUAAUCCACACAAUCUUCUUUUGAACUUCCACGAGGAAGAUGCAGGGUACAAGUCAUCACAAAUUGGCCAGGUAAUCCCAAAGGUGCCCACGCAAGUUCACAUUCCACCUGAGCUUCUAUGCAUUCUUGAUGUUAAAAGUGAUGUGUUGAAGUCACUGUACUUGCUACCAUCUGUGAUGUACCGUAUUGAAUCUUUCAUGUUAUCCAGUCAGCUUAGAGAAGAGAUAAAUGGUCAGACUAGCAAUUUCGACAUACAUAGCUCCCUGAUUCUAGAAGCACUUACAACUUUAAGAUGUUGUGAAAAUUUUUCAAUGGAACGUCUUGAGUUGCUAGGAGAUUCUGUUUUGAAAUAUGUGGUGAGUUGUCACCUCUUUCUUAAAUAUCCCAAGAAACAUGAAGGAGAAUUAUCUGGCAAACGAUCACGAGCUGUUUGUAAUGCAACCUUACAUAAACUGGGAACAGAUCAUAAAUUACAGGGAUAUAUCCGAGACUCCGCAUUUGAACCACGCCGUUGGGUUGCUCCAGGACAGCGCUCUAUACACACUGUUCAUUGUGAUUGUGGGUUGGAAACCCAAGAAGUGCCUUUAGACGUAAAAUUCCAUACUGAAGAUCCAAAAGUUGUGGUUGGGAGUCUCUGUGACAGGGGUCACCGCUGGAUGUGCUCAAAGACUAUUGCUGACUGUGUUGAAGCUUUGAUAGGAGCAUACUAUGUGGGUGGUGGACUGAUUGCUUCACUUCAUGUAAUGAAAUGGCUAGGGAUUGAUGCUAAGCUUAAACCAUCCUUGGUUGAUGAAGCUAUCACUGCUGCAUCUCUGCACACAUUUGUGCCAAAAGUAAAUGAGAUUGCAAGACUUGAAAAGAAAAUUGGGUACAAAUUUUCUGUCAAGGGACUUUUACUAGAGGCAAUCACACAUUUGUCCGAGACAGAACUUCGGAUUGGCUGCUGUUAUGAGAGGCUUGAAUUUCUUGGUGAUUCAGUACUGGACCUGCUUAUCACUUGGUAUCUUUAUCAGAGUCACACAGAUAUUGAUCCAGGAGAGUUAACUGACUUGCGAUCGGCUUCUGUCAACAAUGAAAAUUUUGCUCAAGUUGCUGUUAAACGAAAGCUUCACAAGCACCUUCUGCAUAAAUCAGAAUUAUUACGGAGCCAGAUAUCAGAAUAUGUGAAGAUCAUUUCUAAAUCAGAUAACAACACCAGAUCACUCCCAGGGAUCAAAGCUCCCAAGGCACUUGGAGAUCUAGUAGAAAGUAUUGCUGGAGCUAUACUAAUUGAUACCAAGCUCAAUCUAGACGAAGUGUGGAAGGCUUUCAACCCUUUAUUAUCUCCCAUUGUUACUCCUGAUAAUCUCGAGUUGCCUCCAUUCCGUGAACUAAAUCAAUUAUGUGACUCGCUCGGGUACUUUGUAAAAGUAAAAGAAUACAAUGAAAAGAAGGGAUCCAUGGAGCAUGUUGAGCUUAGUGUACAGUUGCCAAAUGCCCUGUUGGUUCAAGAGGGAAAGGGGCCAAAUAAAAAAACUGCAAAAGGGGAAGCUGCUUUUCAUUUGUUGAAGGAACUUGAGAAGAGGGGAAUUUCAUAUGGUAGUUGCAUGUCCAAGAGAAAAAGAGAUAAUCCUGACAAUCUCUGUGAUUCAUCUUAUCUCAAAAUGGAUUUUGGUAUUUUCCCUGAUCUAACUGGUGGACAAUCCUCAAAGCCAGUGGUACAUAAAAGGUCGAAAUUGGAUGAAACUAACUUAACUGCAAGUGCAUCUACUGGUUUUUUGCCUCUCAAAGCCUCUUCUGGUGAAGCCUCCGAUUUUAAUGCUUCCAUUCCAGUUAUUGAAUCAAUUAGCAUGAAGAAGGGAGGACCCCGAACCACACUGUAUGAACUGUGCAAGAGACUACAGUGGCCAUUGCCUGCAUUUGAUUCAACUGAAUAUAAAGACAGAACUCAAUUUGAAUCCUGUGAAGACCUGGGAAGAAGCAAGGGACAUAACUGUUUUGUGUCUAAAAUUACUUUAUGCAUACCCAAUGAUGGUAAUAUAGAAUGUGAAGGAGAAGCUAGAAGUGAUAAGAAGAGCUCAUGUGAUUCUGCUGCUGUUCAAAUGCUUUAUGAGCUACAACGACUGGGAAAACUUAAGAUUGGUGAUCCCUAAUCUUUCUUCCUUUUAGAGUCCAUCCCAUGGCAAAGAAAGGAAAAGGAAGGGAGAGUAUAAGUGAAUGGUUUUUUUUUUUGGAAAUUGUUCUAAGGUAUCCCCAAGCCAAAAGCCAAGGACUAAUUCCCUCGAGACGGAGAGAUGAUCAUGGAUACAAGCUUUUUUCAACAAAACCUUUUCUAUACACACUGCCAGAGAUCGACUUUGUGGCCACAAAAGAUACUACUGUUUUGUACAACAACUUCAUUCUUCCAUGAAUUCAUUUUUCCUCGAGAGUGGUUACGCAAUUAAAAGUAAUCCUUUCUUUCAUAAAUUUCUUCCUAGUGAAAGUGAGUUUGAUCACGAGUCUUUUGGACUUUUAAGUAUGUAUUAGAAAUGAUACCUUAGGUUUUGGUUUUGAAAUCAGGACCAAUUUGUUUUUAUCUCAUGUUCAGUUCCUAUUUUGGAAUUGCGGAUUUUAUGUUAAGUGGUAUAAGUGUUGAAU